UGCACUUUAACAGGAUUUCAAAGAAUGUCCCAGCCUCACGCUGCUCUUUGAUGAUGGGAGCAUUUUGCAGUUCAUCACUGGGGCUCCUCGCUGCAAGACCGUGAGCGCAGCCUCUUCACGCCGGGAUUGAUGCCUCUGGUGGCUUUUCGGUGAGGAGACGCGAGAAGACAGCAGGCCUUCAGCUCACAGGACUACCCAGCCUCUCCCUGGCUCCUUAGGAGAGAAUCCUUUUGGGUCAAAAUACAUGAAUAUACCACCUACUGCCAAUUCAUCUUCUGAAAAAAACAGCCCAAGAAUGUCCAGGCGAAAGGUGAGGGGCCUGACCCGUACGGGUCGACAGGUCAGCGAAGACCCAGACCUGGAAAACCUGCUGUCAACCCUCUCUCCUGAGGAGGUGGAAGAGCUGGAUAAAGACCUGAGGAACGUUCCAGACAUCAGCCCAGAGGAUGGGAAGAUCAUCGUCCAAGGGGAGAGCCAUCCUCCGCAGCCACCUCUGAGCAACAACGUCUGGGACACAGAGAGGAGAAGUGACACCAGAGGGAGGCUCAGUCAGCGGGAGCCAUCAGCUGAGGGGGAACCAAAGAAGGAGAGCCGGAAGCAGGAAUACCUGAGGAAGAUGGGCCUCAGCCAGGAGGGGAGCGAUAACAUGAAAGCAGCGGUGCGACGACAGCCGAGUCUCACAAGUGACAAAGAUGUCAAGGUGAAGGAUAGGAACAGCAGAGGUUCUGACAACAUGAAAGAAGAGAAAAGUUGGCGUUCAAGUAGAUACAGGGAGCAAGACGACAAAGAGAGCGACACCAAGGAGGAGGUCAGUCAGAAAGAAAGCUCUGAAAACUACAGGAUAAGAGACAGAAGAGAAAACAGAGAGAGCACAGGUAGCAAAACAAAAGACAUGAUCUCCAAGUUACAGGAAAAAAAAGACGAGGGCAAGGACAAGGACAGGAAAGAGGACUGCAGGAAAAGAGAUGAGAGCAAAACCAAAGACAUUAUCUCCAAGUUUCGUGAAAAAGGCGAGAAGGAUGUCGGGAGAGAAAGGGAAAGGAAAACGGAGACCAUCAGGACGCAGGGGCUCGUCUCCAAAAUGGUUGAGAAGCAGAGCCAAGGCCAGGAGAGUAAAAAAGAUGAAAACAAGCUGAGGGCGGAGGAGAAAACCAAGCCUGAUGUUAAAUUCCAGAGGCAGCUGUCUGAGAAGGACGAAGUACAGGCGAAACGGGACAGGCCAGAAAACAGAAGUGAUAGGGAGGAGAUGGUCAACCACAGUGACCACGUGAAAGAGAAAUAUUCAAAGAUUAGUAAAGACUUGACGACUGAGGAGAAAAGGGAAAACAAUGACGUUAAAAGAAAACCUACAAACACUGAAGAAAGAGAAAAACUCGGUAACUGCGUGGCCAAAAACGGCUCAAACAGCAAGACGAAAAAGGAAGAGGAAGAGGACGAAGACUCGAGCAUGUUCGAUGAGUUGAUGCAGCAGGUUGAAAGCGACGACCCCUCCCUCCCUGAACUCAAUGUCAACAACUCUGAGGUCAUCAAGACUAAAACGCUCAUCGAGUUCGCCGAAGCUUUGCACAGCAACACUCACGUUAAGACAUUCGCUUUGGCUAACUGCCGCGCAGACGACCACGUGGCUUACGCCAUCGCCGGUAUGUUGCGCAACAACAAGACCAUCACCAGCAUCAACCUCGACUCCAACCAUCUCACCGGCAAGGGCAUCCUGUCCCUCAUCCAGUCGCUGCAGUACAACUCCACGCUGACCGAGCUCCGCUUCCAAAACCAGCGUCACAUCUGUGGAGGCAAGACGGAGAUGGAGAUGGUAAAGAUCCUGAAAGAAAACACCACCCUGCUCAAACUGGGCUACCACUUUGAGCUAGCAGGGCCCAGGAUGACCACGACAAACAUACUGAGUCGCAACAUGGACAGGCAGAGGCAGAGGCGCCUGCAGGAGCAGAAGAUGGCCCAGGCCAACGGGGAGAAGAAGGGAACACUGGAGGUGCCCAAAACUGGAGGUGGAGGAUCUCUGAGGUGCACGCCAAAAUCCUCCCCCAAACCGUCCCCCAUUCCCUCGCCCAUGCCUUCCCCCAAGCUGAUGCCCAGAAGAGGAGCUGGGGGUCCAGCUCCGCCUCCGCCUCCACCACCUCCUGGGGGUGGACCCCCACCUCCUCCACCUCCGAUGCCGGAUGGCGACCGCCCAGGUGGUAGCAAGAACUCAAGGGACCAACUGCUAGCCUCCAUCAGAGGAAGCAACAUCAAACAGCUGAAGAAGGUACCGGUGCCAAAGUGGCUGCAGUAAGACCAUAUGAUGGAAAAGAAGAGAACAUACAUCUCACUGCAGGUUUUCUUGGAGAUAAACUCUAUGUUCCUGCGGCUGGUUGAGGAGCUGCACGGUGGGACGGAUGGAAAAUCGUAAAAUCAUUGCCCUUACUAUGAGUUCUCCUCUCAAACACUGGACCAAAGGGACUCUAGGGAGAAUGAGUGUCACAGGGUUUUUCAUAAGUUGACUGCGGAUAGCGCCACGAGUUUGUGGCCCUCCUUCUUCAGUUCAUAUUGAUGCUUUUUUUUGCACUAGUUUAUAUAAAGCCGAACAUAUUGGCUUGUAUAUGCCUCUGAAUGUGAGUGUGUCGGGAGCAUGUGAUUAAAGUUGAGUUCAGACAAUAUAUGCAAUUAAAAUUCUAUAUAACUGUAAA